AGAUUGUGGUAUAUUUUCAAAUGCUAUAGUUUCGAAUUGGUCAAUAGUUUGCAUUCUUAGAUAAUCUCUCAUUUAUAAUAUUUAUUUCAGGCAGAUCAUUUAAUUCGACAAGAAAAAGUCAGAGCAUCCCAGCUCUUUCAUAAUUCUUCAACAAACAAAGUCAAUAAAGAAUGCGAGGGACAGUUGGUUGAAAAUCACGUGACCUUACUGCAAUCUGAAUGCAGACAAAUGAUAAAGGAUGAAAAUCUUGAAGGUGAGAGAUGACCUCACUCAGUUCAAUUUUGAAGAAUUACUCUCCGUUACUGUUACGAUGGCUAGCCGUACAAAACAUGAAAGUCCUUGAAUCUAAAUACAAAACUUCAAAGCCUUGAAUGUCCUUAAAUUUUUCUUGCUUUAGUUUUCGGUUAUUUUCUGAAAUUGUUUGACAUCCAAAACGGACAUUCUGUUGAACUGAUUUCGUCCGUUCGUACCUGACAAAGCUGUUUGAAACUGAUUAAAGUUGCGUUUUAGAAAAUUCAACGUCAGAUUUUACUGAUUUCUAACCCCUUUUCAUCAGUAUUAGUCCUUGAAUUUGCUGAUCCUUGAAAAGUCCUUGAAUUUGACUCUUCUUCUCAUGUACGAACCUUGGCUGACCGGAACAUGAGCUAAUAUCCAGCUAGUAGAGAGCCAAUCAGAUUGGAAAACAGCUCUUAUCCAAUAGUUUUAUAAUUCUAUAAAUUCUUGUAUUCAGAUCUUGGCCGAAUGUACUCGUUAAUGAAAUCCAGUGUAACGGGAUUACGAUCGAUGGUUCAACUGUUAGAGGAUAAUAUUAAAGAAAAAGGUAUUUACUGUUUUCAAUGGACUACAUUCAAUUCGUUACAUUUCGUUUACUAACUUUACAUGAAACUAUGGCAAUUGAUCCGGCGAGGCCCAGCCGAGCGUUUUAAAUAUGAUAAAACACUCCUUCUCGUGUUUUAAAUAGCUUAAAAUACGACUACAAAAGAAUACUAAUUAGGAUGAACAAUUAUAUAAUCAUACUAAUUGGGAUGAAGAAUUAUAUAAAGAAUACUAAUGAAGAUGAGUUUUAUCAGAUAUAAAGUCACUCCACGUGACAUAUUAUGGCUGACUUGAUUUGUCACAAGGUUUAUGAAUUUUUAAUGAGAAUUUUAAAUAUAUUUACAAAAUGAUGGUGUAAUAUUACAAAAACGGUUACUUAGUUUGAAAGAACAAAUGAACAGAAAGAAAGGAAUUGAAAACAACUUAUCAGUGGUGUAGCAAAUCUUCGAAUUAAGCCCCUCGAGUUAAGCCCUUCGAGUUAAGCCCCGACCACGCCCUUUCGUGUUAGGGGCUUAACACGAAAGGGCGUGGUCGGGGCUUAACUCGAAGGGCUUAACUCGAGGGGCUUAACUCGAAGAUUUGCUACCCCGGUUAGUAUAUAGUUAAGGUUAAUAUUACAUAACUAAAAUAACUCAAGAGGGGUAGAUCUAAUAUUAGCAUUGAGGACAGGAUUAAGUUGAGAAAUUGUUAUAGGCUUUCUUGGAUAAGAAGAUCCUACUCAGAAGUGCCUGAUGAUAGGAUUUUGAAAUCAGAAGCGGAGACUGGGUGUUUGUGCAUGUGUUUGUAAGCGAUGGUUGAGAUAGAGCGUUCUUUUCCAGUCAAAGGCGAGACUUCCAUAUGCUCUGAGGUACGUGUGUGAAUGUGUCGGCGUGUUUGGUCAACAUACAAUGUGCUACAGCAUUGACACGUAAACUGAUACACAACAUGUGAUCUCAGGGCAAUGGGAAUCCUGUCUUUAAAUGGAAAAAACCUAGAAGGACGAAAAAAGGGACGAAAACAACACGUAUGGAAAUAUGUGUAUAAGCAGAAGCAAGAACUAUACUAAGUUGUGAACGGAUAUGUAGACCUGCAUGAUGUCCAGUGAAAGGAAGGCAUCUUUUUUAUCUCUUUAUCUUUAAACUUUACAUGACUCGUGGUUUUAAGUUUAACCCUCGUAUAUAAACUUCUUGUUAAUUUCUGUUUACAUUUCUGUGCAAUUCGACGGCAUUGGAGCCGACACGAUGGCAAAGAGGAUCUAAAAACUUUGGUUCAACCAAAUUUGUAUACAUUGGAUAUGAACACCGCCGUUAAACGUCAAAUAAUGUAGGAAUAAAUACGGGAGAAGAAAAGCAUUUGCUAUAAGGAAAUGGCUAAAGGUUUAAGCUCAGCAAUUUUAUCUCUUUUUCUUUGUGACAAGAAGAAGUUAUAAGUUAUACUGUGUUUAAACUCUCGCAAUUUUCUUUACACUUUUUGCUGGAGCUUUGUCAAGACAUUACUAUUUCCAGACAUCCAUAUACAACCAGUCGAUCCACGGACGUUUGAGCACGUUGUUAUGGACGUGUAAAUCACAAUCGGCAUGCAGCAAUCCAUUCGCAAGUGUACCUGUGCUAAAGUUCGAUCCACGUCUUUCCAGUCGUGUGUUCCAUAUGGGUGGUAUGUCUUCUAGACCUUGAGAUCUGUGCUAUUCUAAUUUUUUUUAUUUUUCUUUUGCACAGGACUGGAAACCGUUCGAUGUAUAGACGCAGAAAAAGUAAGUGAUCCUGACUGAUUGUGUUGGUGAUGGUAAUAUAAUAUUGAAAUUUCACAAAAUUUUGUCGGAGAGUUGGAAGAUUUUAAGUUACCUUCUGACCUGAUGAAUAGCCAGACCAAAAAGGUUCAAGCAUAAUGAUGCUUGCUGCCAAUUUACUACCACUUUGGUUAUCAUAUAACUAUCGCACAUAGAAUGGAAUUCAGUGUAGGAGGCUAUCUAUAGUAAGCCUGGAAAUAAAUUGACCCGACAAUGCCAAAGUUCCGAUUGUCGUGAUUUUGAAGGCACAAUGACCAUUAUCAUUAAAAUGAUUUGCACCUGUCACCAUCGGCAUUCUUAUGGCCGUUUGUAAUUGCAUGCUAUAAAAUCAACAUUCGUUUCAUUAUUUUUCAGACUCCUCAUAAUUAUGUCGAUGCUUUACUUCAAAUACACAGGAAGUAUUUCACCCUAAUCAAUAACACAUUCAAUGGGGACAAAGCAUUUUUCAAGGCUUUAGAUCAGGUAGGCCAAAAAGAACGGCUGCAAUUACAAAGGGAUAGACAUUCCUGAAAAUUGUUCGCAUUGCCAUUGUAAUUCUAACAACUAUGUCAUAUUCUGUUAGUAAUAGCGAUCCAAUCUUUUGUUAUACAGGCAUGCUAUGUAAUCGUAAAUACUGAGCAAACAGACAAGAGGAACUGUCAGUCAGCAGAACUGGUAAGUCUCGUGUUUUUAAUUUUUUUGUACCAUUCACCGAAAGCAUUCACUCUAAAAAAUAAGGUGUGUCUUUUCAACACACCUUCUGUCGCCAAAGGCGUGUUUUUUUACACACGUUAAGGUGUGUAUUUUCCGGAUAAGGUGUGUAUUCUUGCACACCAUAAGGUGUGUAUUGGGUAAAUGUAUUUGCAAGAUAAAGAUGUGUAAAAAACACGCCUUAAGGUCCAGGACACACCGGACGCGAUUCGACAACGCGACGCGAUUUUGUUAUUUUCACUGACCGAUAACUUUGAUCCAAGUUUAAAUUUUCCAAAUAUUUAGAAGCGCUAUAACAUUUUGAGUUAUUUGGUCUACAUAUCUUUCAAAAUUUGCUCUCAUUGGCUAUUUUAUUAUAACGCGACGCGAUUUUUCAGUUUUCAAUGACAUUUAACUUUAAUAUUUUUCAAUGUUUUUCAAAUAUUCGGAACCACUUAAGCAAUUUUAGCUAUUUGGUCUGCAUAUCUUGUAAAAUUUUUAUCCGUUGACUGUUUUAUUUGUUCUUGAAAACGGAAAAUUCGCGUUGCCGAAUCGCGUCCGGUCUGUGUGGGCCUUUAACGUGUGUUUUUUAUCUUUUUUUUUGUCACCAAAUUCACACACCAUAAGGUGUGUAUUUACAGGGAUGGAUCUAGCAUGAUCUGGGAGGGGGCUCCUUGGUGCUUCAGAAUUGGGUUGAGUUUCAGGUCGGUCAUGUGCCAUGUGUGUAUUUGCAUUGUAAUUAUUGGUUCACGCUCCACUUUAUCAUCAUGGUUACCGGUCGUCUCAUUUUAUUCCUUUGCUUAUCAUGUACAGUUAACUCUGCACCCCCUAAAUGCAUCCCUGUUUUUACACACCUUAAGGUGUGUAUUUUUACAUACCUUAAGGUGUGUAUUUUUACACACCUUAAGGUGUGUAUUUUUCCCUGAAUCUCUGGCGAACAAAUUACCCUCCUUAAGGCGUGCUUUUAUAUGUACCUUGCAAGGUGUGCAAAAUAACACACCUUUUCGCUUGCUACACAGCUUGCAAAUACACAUCUUGAGAGGUGAGCAAAAUUACACACCUUUGUUCAGUUUGGUCUCAGAUCACAGAUCUAAUUGGAAUAAAAAAUAAACAAAAGAAGCAACAUAUCUGAGUGUACAAUUCCCAAAUUUAAUAAUAGCUAAAAUUAUUAAGUAUUUACAAUAUAUAAGCUAGGACUACAAUCAUGCAAACAUCAAUAUACAAUUAUUGUAUUGACAGUUUGUAUUUCUUAUAGUUGGCACGCUUUGCAGAUUCGAUCUUAAAGAAGAGUCAGAGAAACCUCAGCGAAAGUGAACAAGAGGAGAAAAUGGCGGAUAUUGUGAGUGUCCUGUUAAUAUGACGACUUUAGAGACGUGUGUUUGGACAGCUGUUUAUCAAAAUGCGCUGCUUGUGGGUAAAUCUAAAACACACCGUGCGAUAAAUCAAGACUGUUAGAUGCACUUACUUAGUCUUAAGGAUAAAGUACAUAAAGCACAGUAUUCUAAAAGGUGCUAAGAAACUUGAAAAUGUUUAUUAGAAAAAGAAGGAAGGAGCGCAAUUGCAUAUACAAACACAUAUAGUUAAGGACAACAUUCUUUAUUUGUCAAAGUUACAUAUCCAAUCAUAUAGCUGUUCCAGGUCCAUUGAUGCCAGUGGUAAUUAACCUGGUCACAUGGUAUUCUAGUCCCAUUGUAUAGCAAAGUACAAGUACGUUGUUAUAUAGUGAGAGUUCCGUGUAACUCACAGAAACCAGGUUUAAUAUAAAACAAGUUUUUGCUCGCUACUCUGGUGAUUUAAAGUAGGGGAAAUUUGCUUUGGCAUACGUUGCGGUGGACGAUUCUGUAAUAAUUACAACGAAUAAUCAUGUGGCCAGUAUUUUCACCUCCCAUUAAUUUACUUAAAAACACAGAGUAUAGCGAGCAAAAACAAGGAGCCAAUUUUUUAGACACCUCCCUCACUCUCCAUGCAUUGGUGAUACUAAUAGAAACCUAUUCUUAUUUAGAUCAUCAUAUUCAAGUAUCUUGAUAAUAAAGACAUCUUCCAAAUGGUUUGUGUUUCCAUACUUUUUAUGUAAUUUAUACAGUAAUAAAUGAAACAACGUUUGUCACAGGCGUAUAAAUACCGAAAAGUGUGUUCAAAAACGCAAUACUAGUCUAGUUCUUUUAUGUAUUUUGAGGUGUUUUUAAUAGACAGUUUGCGAUUUUGUCUAGCGGACGAUAGAAUUUACAGUCAAAAUACAAAAUAUGUCCCAUGCACUUCUCCUUCUGUAGUCUGUUGUGAUUUACUGUAUUUUUUUUGUAGCGAUUACCGAUUUAUCGGCAAAUACCACGAAAUAAUUUUAAUUUCGCACCUUUUAGCUAUACAAUGAAUUAUUUACUACAAAUUGUCAUAUAAAAAACAUUUUAUCGCGGUAUUUGCCGAUAGACCGGUAUAACCACCACAGAAAUGGGAGCUAGUGGGAAACUUUUUGUUAUUUGAUUUCGAUUGUAAAGAGAAAUUCAAGGCGAUAGUUGAGUUCAUCUAUGGGUGUUUGUUUCCGUGUUGUCACGACGACGAUACGGGGCUGUUUCCUUUGUGUUUUGCUCGUGGUUAUUGAUGAGUUUGAGCAAUUAUUGUCAUUAUUAUUGUUACGCUUCAAUUUAUUAUUAUUUAAGUUGUGUAUUUAUUCAUUCCACUGAUAUUUAUCUAUUGAUUUAGGCCCUUGUUAACUUGUUAAGGCCAAAAAAAAAUAUGCGGGUUUCCAGUUUCUUCUUAUAAAAACUUAGGUAGGGUAGAUCGGUUUUAACUUUUUUUUAAACUUUUUUUUUUAAUUUUCCUAACAACCGGACGCCAUUUUGUUUAGUCAGUGCUUCCACAUCCAAAGAUAAAUCUCCCUAAUAUUGCCUCAAGUUUCAAUUUUCCACAAACUUUUUCCUCUAAGUGGAAACACUUACAAGCAUGAUCCAAUAAAAAAGUUUAGGGUCGGGAUUUCGACGUCCAAAAGCUAGGUAGGGUCGGGAAACCAGAAACCCACAUUUUUUUUUGCCUAAUUUGUGUGUUUCUGAAUUGUUUUAGUUUUAUGCAAAAAUGUUGGCUAAACGUUUGAUUCAUAAUCUGUCCGUUUCAAUGGAUGCUGAAGAAAAUAUGAUCAACCGACUAAAG